CACACAAAAAUAGAGGUACGAGAGAAGAACAGUUUUGUACUUACGGGUACACUUUUGAAGAAUGUUCCCUCAAUAAUACAGUAUUGGUCUUUAAGAGGUCAUAAGUGUACCUUUUGACUAACAGAAAGGGUACAAAGUGACUUAAAGCAAAAGAAAGAACAAAUUUGUACCAUUUGAAGGGGUACAUGCAGUAUUUGAAGUAAUUGUAGUAUUAUAGGCCUAUAUUAGUAGUUAUAGUUGAGGUAUUUAGAACUAUUAUUAUUAUUGUUAUUGUUUUUAUUGUUGAUAGCCUUUUAUUAUUGCCAACAUUUAGUUUUAGCUCAAUGUGAAGCAUGAGACUAUUUUGUUCUACAAAUCUGUUGAAUUUUCAGCUCAGUUUUGGAUUUACAGCCUCAUUUGAACGUGGUGUUUUUGUUUUGAGCUCAGUCAGUUUGGAAAAGCCUGCCUCACACAAGUAUGUGGAGGCAAAAGGAAGGAGAAGUUUUAAGGCCGUAUCCGGAUAUUCCCUCAUCAGUGCCACCCAGAAGAUCACAAGAGAACAAGUGGCAAAAAGAUGCUUCAACCUGCCAUCCCUGUUCAGCUCAAUAAAUUGUCCCUGCAUUUCUGAAGACAGACAAAUAAUUUCCUGUGCAGAUAAAUGGAUCUAAUUACCCACCUGAACUAGUCUUCUAAAAUCACUCACUGUAAAUCACGGUUCGGUGAGCUUUUAUUAAAUGGUUACUAAAAUGGUGGCUGUAGACAACCUAGUAACAUAAAAUUAUUUACUGAAAACAAAUCCUAAUUCUUCUGCCAAAAUAUAGUUCCCCAAGGUAGCACACUGGUUGUCAAGCAACAGCGGCGCACUAAUACCAGAGACGUCAAACUAGUGCCGCGCAGGACAGACAGGAGUCAGUUCACAAAAAAAAAGAAAAGUGUCCGUUCACGAUUCAACUGUUCAUUCAGCAGCUAUGUCACUCAAGGGGCUGUCCACGGAGGAACUUUUACAAAAGUUGGUGGUAAGUAAAGUUUGAACUUCAUAACUAUCACCAAAGACGAAAAUGUUUCUAGCUAACAUCAAAUCAUUGGUAUCAGUAGCUAGCUAGCUAGCUAAGCUGGUUCUGAUAUUACAGUCACUAACGUUAAUUCACUUAACGCUACUGUAGCUAAGCUAGACAAUACUGUACCUUGAACUGCCAAAUACGCAGGUAGUAAGUAAAGUUAUUGAAAAUAUUAGCUAGUUUGCUCACAUAAUUAAGUCGGCUAACGUUAUUAGCCAUGCUAAUGUCAAGCUAGCAAAGGUACACUGUCUCCCGCUCAAAGCUCCAACAAACAAAAGAAAUCACCCAAGCCCGCGAAUACACUCUGAAUUUGAAGUAAGUUAUAAUUUCGUAUGUAUCUUAUUCACUAGUGUUUCUUACUUGGUGUUUAUUUAUUCAUGUUUCCAUUUUUAUUCCGACAAAACAUUUAUAUCGUAGUUGGUGGUAAAAACAUGUUAAAGGAAAAAAUAUAUAUUUUGAAUUGGCUUAAUUAAUUUUCUCUCCAAGUAGCAACCUUUUAUCUUCCGUUUAACGCAACACACAGCAAUGUGCGGGGAUAUUAGUGCUGAGUGGCUUAAGAUAGUUCACGCAACACAUCCUGGUUUUUAAUAAUUAGUCAGUAAACGCAGCAUUGUCUGAAGCAGGCUGGAAACAUUGCACUUUUAUUUACAAGGACUCGUCGCGGUGCUACGUACGUUAGUUUUUGACUUUAGUCAACACGUGAGAACUCGUCUGACACAAAGAGUAUCCAGCUGAGUGCUACAUGUGUGAAAUAACAACUAUAGUCUGCACUGUGUGGUGUGUCUGUAAACGGCUUCAUUCCGAGUCCCUCCCUCCCCACUGGCACCGUGAGUUACCAUGGUUACAGGAAACUGAAAUCCUGAAACGUUAUAAUGAUGAUCAAUAAGAAGUAUUUGGUUAGUUUGACUGUACAAAAUCAUGAAUGUAGCGUGAUUGUAGCUUGAUGCUGACAUCUUGUAUUCUAACAUAUAGAAAAAAUGUAAAGCCUCAGAGCUUUGAUUAUUAACAGUAUGUUAAUGAUGACUAAGGGGAUAACUCGCCAUCAGACUGACAAGGCUGCAAAAGUUGCUGUUUGUAUGAUGUAUUUUUCUGUUGAACAUAAGAGGCUAUUAUUAAUAAUAAUUAAUGAUGAUAAUGAGAAUUAGAAAAAUAACAUACUAAACAUUUCUGUAUAAUGACAUAUAAUGAUUAUAUACAGUUUUUUAAAAACUUUAUUUACAAACCAUAUUACAGCGAGUUGCAAAAAAGGUUGUUUUUUUUAAUGAAUUGCGUCAGUCACUAUCUGUAUGUCCAGAGUUUCAGUGCUUCUUUUAAUAGCUUUUUCAUUUAUAUUUCAGACAAUGAUGUGGAUGGAGAGACAGUAGACUGCAGACUCACAGAAAAUAUGAUUGCAUAUCUCUUUGACAAGUCUUUCAAAAAGCAGCUAAAAUUCAGAGACUUCACACACCGCUACAAGGAGGUCACCGUUACUUUGGAAGUGGUCAACCCAGAACAACAAACAUGUGAAGCUUCUGUGUCCCCAGCAAACCAGAGGUGGUUGGAAUCUACUUGCCACAGACUGCCUGCAGUCAUUUCUAUUCCACAAUUCCUACAAGAUGUCCAGAGCCGCUUAGAUGCUAAAGAACCGGUCCGCAAGAAACAAAAGUACCGUAACAAAAUAAUUGGGACUCUGUAUGACAUGCUGUCACAGUGUCCAAUGUAUCCAACCAACUCGGACUACGUUCAGGUCGUUAAAGCGUUAAUUGGGAAGUACCCUUUCUUAAGGGAUGUACACGGGAAUGGUUAUCAUACCUGGCACAGCCAACUCAAGAGAAAAUUCCAAACAGAACAAGCUCCACUAAUCAACAAUGAAGUAAAACGGGUCAAAGAAAAGUUUUGGCAAGCAAGAUUACUGAAGACUCCACAAGAAUCUACAUCCACAUGUCCAAAACGACUGAAGCCAUCUCUAGAAUCAUGCAUUGUGGGGGAGGAUGCAACCUCUGUUGAGGCUCAAAUCAAGGUGCUUGAGCAAUACAGAAAGUUGCAUCCCGACAUGAAUCUGGUGAAAGACCGCAUGAUGAAAACCUUUGCAUGGAGACGCCGAGAAAUAGCAAAAGGAAUGUCAACUGAAGAUCUGUUGAGGAGAUCUCCAUUCCUAAGAACAUCCGCUGGGUCUCAGUUGUGCGAUGAGGUUGAUGCCAUGCACCCCUCUCCAGUCAACAUAUGCCACCGCAUCAGUGAGAACUUCACAUCUAUUCUCCCAAAUAUGCUGAAACUUGUCAAGGAUUCGCCACUGAAAAAACUAUACAUGGAAGCAAGAGAGGAUGCCUUGGCUGAGGAUAUUAAAGGAAUUGACUUCAGGGGUGGACUCCUCCUCUUGCCAUCCAUAUUCAAGGAGAAGAUUGAGGAUUUCAUUAUGCUUGGACAGAAAAAUCCUCAAACUCCAUAUCCAACCGUUCAACUGAAAGCACAAGGGUUGAAAUUUGCCCUCUCCAGACAGUGCCAGAGUGUGGUCAAUGUCGAGGGAAUUGAGGUCUGUUCUUGCACUUCGGUGGAUGAGGCCUUCAUUGCAGCUUUCUGCAUGUACUUUGUCUUCAACAUGGCAUAUCCUGGAUACUUGAAAAAGACACUGACCUUUCUCCAGAGGCUCAUCGCAAACAUCACGGGGGAUGGAGACAAAUCCCUGCCGGUAACUGUAACUCGAAUUGUCAACCUUCUUCAUUGAUCAUGCCUGGACUGCAUCAGUGUACAAAAUGCUCAAAGAGGACCUUUACUCUUAGAAAACUGAUUCAUCAUAUUGGACUUGUACAUGCACACGACCCUCAUUUCAACAUAACCUGUGGGAUAAGUAACUGCCAGUCUGCAUUUUCCAAGUAUCAUUCUUUUAGGCGGCAUGUUUAUCGAAAACACAAACACAACAUUUCUGAUUGCUCUGAAGUAACUGAAGAACAUUUUGAAGAACUAGUUGAACACACACAUGCAGUUGAACAGCCCACACCACCAAGUAUAGACACUUUGCUUGAAAAUUUAAGAGACCAUUUAUUUAGUUUCAUUCUCAAGUGUACUGAAAAAAAUAAUCUCUCACUCUCUGUCCAACAAGAUAUUGUUGAUGACCUACAUUUUUUAUUGUGUUUUUUCAAAGAAAACUAUGACUCAUUCAUUUCUUAUCAUUUGGAUAAGACUGGUUUCCGCAUUAGUGAUUGCCCAGAACUUGAGCAGGUUUUGUCUUCUUCAGACUUUUUUCAGAAAGCAUGCGAUUCUAUUCGGUCACCAUUCAUGAUAAAAGAGCACUGCAAAUCAAAAAUGGACAUGACAGAACCGAUCAGUUACACAGUAAGAGACAAUUCAGGAAUGAAAAUCGGUACUUAUUCUUAUGUUCCAAUCACACAGGUAUUGCAAAAAUAUUGCCAGGUGGAGGAUGUGUGGGAACAGAUUGUUUUGGAUAACCACGGAAAUCGAGAUGAUGACAUUCUGACCGAUUACAGUCAGGGGGUGUACUUUAAAGAGCACUCAUUUUUCAAAGAUCACCCUCAAGCUCUAAGACUUCACUUUUAUGAAGAUGAAUUUGAACUUGUGAACCCACUGGGGGCUAAAAGAAAUAAGUACAAACUAUGUGCUUUUUAUUAUACAGUUGGGAACAUAAGUGGAAAAUAUCGCUCAAAGUUGGGUCACAUUCAUUUAGCCUUAAUGGUUCGGCAUUCACAUGUGAAAGAGUCUGGGCUUGAAACUAUACUACAGCCCUUGAUAGCUGACCUGAAGAUGCUCUCUACAGAGGGCCUCACGUUCAGUCUUGAUGAAGUAGAGCACACAAUUCAAGCUGCUCUAGCAACCAUUUCAUGUGACAACCUCUCUGCUCAUAUGAUUGGGGGCUUUUCUAUGUCUUUUAAUACUGGCCGGAUAUGUCGAUAUUGUAUGGCCUCACAUUCAGAGAUACAACAUGGGUUUUGUGAGGAGAGUUUUGUUCUUAGAACAACUGAGGUACAUAAAUAUCACGUAGACUGUGUAAAAAAUGACAAACAAAGUGCUGUUGUAUAUGGUGUCAAUGGUAAUUGUACAUUUGAUGCGCUGCCUUACUUUGACGUGACAAAAUGUCUUCCCCCAGAUGUAAUGCAUGAUUUGCUGGAGGGACUUUUGCCUCUAGUAAUGAAGUUGGUCAUAUGCAAAGCUCAUAAUCAAAAGCACAUAACCAUAAGUGAACUCAAUGAUGAGCUGAAAAAUGUAAACAUUGGGAAGAAUGACAGACGAAACAAACCAGUGCCAUUGACUGAAAAACUCCUUGGACAUUCUACAGCAUAGUGUGGAUCAGCCAGUCAAAAAUG